UUUACAAAAUGCGGCUGGCACUCGGUCAACUUUUGCUGUUGACUGAUAUUGUUGCUACUAAUUUGAAUUUAACGUUUCUCGAGGAUGUGUGGAGGGUCCGCUAUCCAGUCAGAAGGUCGCACGUUCGACGCCAACGCGCUAUCCCACCGUCGACACCAUUUCCAUGCGAAGAUGCCUUGUCCUGGGGCAGAAGUAAAGAACGGCCUACAUCAGUGCACAAACUCCGACCUGGUGAUAUUGAUGUGGUGGCUGCUAUCGGAGACUCGUUGGUGGCUGGCAGUGGCGCCCUGGAGGAGUUCGCUCUGGGCGCCUUUGUAGAGUACCGCGGCGUCUCUUGGUGCAUGGGUGGUGACGCAACAUGGCGUGAGUUCCUGACGCUACCCAACAUCCUGAAAGAGUUCAACCCGAACCUGAAAGGUUACUCCACGGGAACUGGAGAAUGGAUCACAAAAAACUCUAAACUCAACGUGGCCUUCCCUGUGGCUUCUGAUGAAGACGCUUUGAAGCAGGCUAAGAUCAUAGUGGCCAGGAUGCGUGCGUCCCCCGACAUCGACAUAGCUCAAGACUGGAAGAUGAUCACGAUGUUCAUUGGUGCUAACGAUAUCUGCUCGGCCGCCUGCAUCAACCCGGUAUCCUGGUCGCCGGCUGCUCACGCGAGAAAGCUGGCCAACGCCUUGGACUAUCUUCAGGAAAAGCUGCCGAGGACUAUCGUUAAUUUAGUUCCUGUAUUAGAUGUAUCGGUAUCCGUUCGGGUGCUCCGCCCCAUGAUGUGUCGCCUGAUGCACUCGCUGUUCUGCUCGUGCUUCCACCGCGGCGGAGACGAGCUCCAGGACAUCGUGAGGAUGUCGCGGCUCUAUCAGAAACACGAGGCGUUGCUUGUGGACAGCGGUCGUUACGACGCUCGCGAAGACUUCACGGUGGUGGUGCAGCCCUUCAUGAGGCUGUUCAACGCGCCCUUCCCCCCCAAGCAGCCGCUGCCCCUCGUCAUACACCAGUCCUACAUCACGCACGACUGCUUCCACUUCUCGCAGAAAGGACACGCUUUAGCGGCGAAUCUCCUGUGGAACAACCUUCUGGAGCCGGUCGGCAACAAAUCUGACAAUGUGCCGCCGGUUUUAAUGCGUUCCUUCCGCUGCCCUUCGCGGCAGGCGCCUUUCAUAUUCACUGCUCGCAACACGAGGACCUACCUAUUGACGGGGCAGCAGGAAGGCGCUUUUGAGUUAUGA